CGACACGCUGUGUUUUCCAUUUUAUCAGCAUAUAAUCAUUUAUAUUGGGCUGCUAUGAAAAUAUCUCACCCGUCGCAGCAGCACUCUCGCAGCCAUGUUGCGCUCAAUUGACGUUGGCCGUUGUCGAGGUAUUAAAAGUAUUAAAUAUUGAAUUUCGAGCUUGAGGAUUAAUUUGGGUAGGACCAGACUGUAGCGAUGAUGUACGUACACUUACUAAAUUCCCGGUACCUUUUUUUCUUCGCGGCGAUUUCCGGACCGGUGGCCCCUCGGCCAAAACUUUAUCGUUGUACCUGACGUAGACGGUAGGCCGUCAAUUCCCAAUCAAUUCAAAUGGAGAAAGAAUAGAGUGCUUAAAAAUUCUUUUAAGCAAUAAAUUGCUUUUAUAGGUUUUACAACUUUUUUUUUCUUGCCUUGCAAUAUUCAUUGGCGACUUUGCUUGGUUGCAUGUCUAGCUAGGUCGCCGAUAAUGAUCUGUACAUCAUGAUGAGAACAGUGCGAUCAGGUCUUUGGACCUGCUCAAGAUGCCUCCGACAAGCCUCUCGAUUUCGGGUCCGAGACCAAAGGCGCUGGCUCUCUUCCGCGCCCGGCGCUGGGGCUCAAAUCAAUACAUCGCAUAUACCGGUCGACCAUUCUCCUACCGAUUUAAAGCAUGACGAUUCCCUAUUGCGCGAAAUCUUCGACUCGGCGUCGACCUUUCAAGAAUUCGGGAAUCCUUUCCGCCCCAUACCGUACCGCGAUAAUGUAGGAUUGUUCAGGAACAAAUAUUUAAGAUCACCUGAUGGCUUUCUUCAAUACGCCAAUGUCACGAUCAAGAGAGCUCAGAAGGUGGUUAAUAAGGUGCUUAAUGCGUCAACUUUAGAGGACUAUAAGGCUAUCGUUCGGGAUUUAGAUAGACUUAGCGACCUACUCUGCCGGGUGUUGGAUGUAGCCGACUUCAUACGGGUUACUCACCCCGAAGGAUCGAUACAGGGUGCCGCAUCGGAGGCGUGGUCGUUGGUUUAUCAGUACAUGAACAAACUAAACACCGAGACGGGACUCAGUAACCAGCUAGGAAAGGCCAUGGCCAACCCAGAAGUAAUGGCCAGCUGGAGUGAUGAAGAACAGACAGUUGCAAAAUUGCUACAGCAGGAUUUUAUGAAGUCGGCAAUACAUCUUCCGCAAGAGUCACGAGAUCGGUUUGUCGAGCUGUCACAGCAUAUCAGCGAGUUGGGAUCGGAUUUUAUCGAAUAUAUGCAGCCCCAACAGAUGGAACUCGAGUUCCGAAGCGACGACCUAUAUGGCCUAGACCCCCAAGUAGCUCAAUCAAUCAGCAAAUCAAGGAGCAAAUGGGGCACAGUUCGCCUGCAGACAAUGUUACCUGAAGCGACAGUGGCGCUCAGGACCGUCCAUGACGAAGGGGUGAGGAAGAUCAUCUACAAUGCAACUCGAACUGCUUCUGACGAGACGAUUAAACAUCUAGAAGCCAUGUUGAGAUCGCGUGCUGAGCUAGCAAAGCUUUCUGGCUUUAAAAGUUAUGCGCAAAUGACUCUUCAUGAUAAAAUGAUGGCGAAAACACCAGAGUCUGUUCAUCAAUUCCUUUUAGCUCUCUCUAAACGUAACGAACCGCUUGUCGAGGAGGAGGUCGCGGCGCUACUUCAGGAGAAGAUAAGAUGGUCGAAAAAAAAACCCCCGCCAACCAAUAUUGAGCCGUGGGAUAGGGAUUUUCUAAUGACGCAUAUACGUUUCGCUAUGAGAUCGCGACAGCGAACUGACGAUUCCCUGUCGGCUUAUUUCUCACUCGGGACUGUCAUGCAAGGGUUAUCAAGACUAUUCACACGUUUAUAUGGAAUCAGGUUGGUUCCUCGGGAGAUGCUACCAGGUGAGACAUGGAAUCCAGACGUAAGACGACUGGAUGUUGUCUCUGAUACCGAUGGACACAUUGCUGUCCUUUACUGCGAUCUUUUCUACCGAGUCGAUAAGUGCUCCAAUCCGGCACAUUUUACUGUGCGUUGCUCUAGAGAAAUUUCGGAAGCCGAGAUCCAGGAAGCUGCUGAACGAAAUGAGGACGAUGCCGAGGAGUUGCCUAUAUUCGACUCACCUAUCGCGGCUGCGAAUGACGGUAUGCAUGUAUCACGUCAAUCCGGUGCGAUCAAGCAGCUGCCGACAAUUGUGCUAGUAUGCGACUUCGAGGAGAAUAAAGGGCGGAACACACCUGCCUUCCUGGAGUAUCAUCAGAUGGAAACACUUUUCCACGAGAUGGGACACGCUAUCCACUCGGUCCUGGCUCGAACUUCCUUACAAAACGUGGCAGGGACGCGAUGUGCAACUGAUUUCGCGGAGCUACCUUCGACCUUGAUGGAACACUUCUGCGCCGACCCAUCCGUUCUGGGGCUAUUCGCGCGGCAUCAUAUUUCUGACAAGCCGUUGCCAUAUGAGAUGGUGGCGGACAAAUUACGCAUCUCUAGAAGAUUCGAAGCGUCGGAUAGGGAGAAUCAAAUCAUACUGGCCAUGCUGGACCAGGUAUACCACUCAUCCUUACCAGAUGAAGUCGGCUUCGACUCGACGGAGAUCUACCAUGCCCUCCAGGAAGAUUUCGGGAAGUUCCCGCCUGAUCCAAAAAAGACUAGGUGGCAAGGCUUUUUCGGCCACCUAUUCGGCUACGGUAGCACGUAUUACAGUUAUCUGUUCGACCAAGUGCUCUCAAAGCGCGUGUGGGAUGUCGUCUUUUCGGCGGGCCAUAACGGCGCUGCUCUUGACCGGGCCAACGGUGAGAGGCUGAAGGAGGACCUCCUCAAGUGGGGAGGCAGCCGUGAUCCUUGGAGGUGCCUCUCAGAUGCUCUGCGAGAUGAGCGCUUGAUAAAUGGCGACGAGAAGGCUAUGGUAUUGGUGGCGAGUUGGGUUGAUAAGGAUAAGAUUGCUAGUGCAUAAACAUGGAUGCUUUGUUGUACAUAUAAAGACUCAAGCAUAUAGAACAUGUGUGGACUAGUGUUUAUCCAUCGCCUAGCUGCUAUCCGACACGAUAGAUCAUUGCACUUCCCCUUAUUCUAUAUGAAUAUGCUGAGAAGUUCCUACCCCUUCUGCGGAAAUCACGUACGUAUUAUAAGAAAAAAGGAAAGAGAUACUCCAUUGAAAAAGUGAAUUGAGUAGUUGAGACUUUGGUGUAGAAUCGAGUUGCGCUUAAACUUCACUUAUGUACUUCGUCGCUUCUCGAUCUAUAUGAUGCCAGGGGUGGUAUAGCGGACCUCUGUUUCCUCAUGCUCUUGCUUGUCUCCUGCCUUACACUCAUUCUAUGACUCGGCAAGAGCUAG